ACAAAUUGUCAGGGAAAUAUUUACGGACGCAAAAGAAAAUAUUGAUAAAAAAAAAGUAUAAUGGACGACAUACGCAGCAGCUUAGACAACAUCAUGGAGCGCUUCAACGAUAGCAUAACACACUCGGCGCCAAAGAAGCUCAGCUUCGACCGGCUCUCCAUGUCCUUCACCGAAGACUCCGUCAGAGUGCCCAAGAAGCGACGCAUCGACAACAGCCUGGACAAUAGUUCGCACAAUGUCAGCUUCAAUUUGAGUUGCACAUCGCAGAACAACUCGUUCAAUGAUCCAAUGGGUCCUUGGCAGACGCGCAAAUUGCGCGCCGAAUUAAUUGAGACAAAUGCGAUAAUUUCGCAGCUGCAGGAGCAACUCGGUCAGCAAACCAAGGAGCAACGUGCUCAGCUCGAGCUGGCCGAGAGUAAAUCUGAGGCGUUGAAAAGACAAUGCGAUUACACAAGUGCCCGUCUGCUGGAGAUGGAGCAGCAGCUGAAGGUGCUGCACAAGCGGGAACAUACCGCCCGGCAGGAGGCGAAUACUGCCUGUGCUGAGCUCGCCCAGCAGCGCACCAAAUACGAGACGGCGCUGAACCGUGCGGAGCAGGAGAAACUGCAGCGCGAGGAGGAUGCACGCCAAGUGCAGCAUUGCAUCAGCAACGAGCUGGGCGAAUACAAGCGGAUCAGCGAACGUGCCGAACUCCAAUUGCAGGCCACCCAAACCGAACUGGAACGCAUACGUGUGCGUCACGAUGAGUACAAGGCGAGUGCCGCCAAAUACGAACAACUCCACGCGGAUUAUCAGUUGCAGGAGCAGAGUCUCAGUACUGCAAAUGCCCGCAUCAAGGAGCUGGAAUAUGAAAUCGAAUCCUAUGCCGACUGGAAAGAGGUAACCAAAACGUCGCAAGCUCGCCUGCUUAGCGUGCCCGAACUACAAGCGGAGGUGGAUCGCCUGCGUACGCACAACAAGCACCUGAACACGCUGAUUGGGGAAAAGCUGCUGCUCGAGGAGCAGGUGCACGACUACAAGACGCGGCUGGAUCGAGAGGAGGGCGCCCGAGCCGAGGCGGCGGCGUUGCAGGUGAAGCUGACGCAUGUGGAGCAAGAGCUCAAGGAGUGGGUGAAAGUCGCCCAGGAUCAUUGCCUGGCCAAUACGCUGGUCAGCCCCAUGGCGCUGCGCACACGCAUCGAGCAACUGCUCCAGGCGGACAUAAUACGCGCCGCCGAAAAAGGCCACUCAGAAUCGGAGGCAAAACAGCUGCAGUCGAAGCUGCGCGAGCUGGAGCAAAAGUGUGCCGUUUAUCUGAAGAACUUUGAUGACAUGAACAUCGUGCUGAAGCGCCACAAGAGUCUGCGGGAGCGUUUGCAGCGCAAGCUGAUGAUUGUCUGCAAGGAGCGUGAUUUCUACAAACAGCUGCUGGAGAACUUUGACAAGGAUCUGACGAAUUCGACAAAUGCCACGCACACAGCGGACAUGACAAACGAUAUGCAGAUACGCUAUCGUGUUGAGGUGCUCGAGCGCACCCUGACCGGCUACAAGGAGAUGUGCUCCACUCUGGAGCGUGAGAUGCAAGCGAUGCGUCAGCAUGAAUCGCUCAGCGAUCCGACGCCGGGUGAGUUUGGCUACGAGAGCGUUAAAAAGGAGCUGGACACGCUGCGCAUGGAGAACGAACGUUUGCGACGACGCAAGGAUGAGCUCGAAUUGGAGCUGGAGCAUCGUUGUCUGCGCGGCGACUUCAACAUGGGCAACUACAAGGUGCUGCAUCUCACUGAGAAUCCAGCGGCCGAUGCAUACGAGGCCACCAAGAACAUUGUCGAGAAACUUCAAGCAGAGAUUGAGCGAUUGAAGCGUCGCAAUCGGAAACUGGAGGAGGAGAGCAACGAGCAGACGCAGUCACGUUUCAAUGAGACAUGCAGCUCGGGUGGCGCCGGCGGUGGCAUGACCAUGAACUUCAAGGAGUUCAAUCAGCUGCGCGCCGAACUGGAAUCGGCCAAUGGAAAAAUGAAGAAGAUGAAGGAGUGCUUCAAGGCGGCCAGCAAGGAGUUUCGCGAUGUCUGCUAUAUGCUGCUCGGCUAUAGAAUCGAUCGUGUCGGCCCCAACAGUCAUUAUCGGAUUUCCAGCAUGUAUGCGGAGAGUCCCGAUGACUAUCUAUCGAUCAGUGUGAAUGAGUCCAACUGUUUGGCUCUGUUGGAGUCGCCGUAUUCGCAGACCCUCAAACCGGCCAUCGAUCAGCAGCUGGCAGCCAAUAACUCAUUUCCCGCUUUCUUUGCCGCACUCACAUUGGAGCUCUUCCAGCGUGCCACAGUCACAAUUACCUAAAAAAGCAGCAGCAACAUUCACACACAAACACACUCAAGCAUAUUGUAUACUUAAUAUUAAUUUUCACACUUAGCUUAUAGACACAUAAAUACAUAGAAA